AUGGGGAAGCAGAACAGCAAACUGCGGCCAGAGGUGCUGCAGGACCUCCGCGAGAAUACCGAGUUCUCUGACCACGAGCUGCAAGAGUGGUACAAAGGGUUCUUGAAGGACUGCCCCAGUGGGACUUUAAACGUUGAGGAGUUCAAGAAGAUCUAUGCUAACUUCUUUCCGUAUGGCGACGCCUCCAAGUUCGCCGAGCACGUGUUCCGCACCUUUGACACCAACGGUGAUGGUACGAUAGACUUCAGGGAGUUCAUCAUUGCCCUGAGCGUCACGUCCAGAGGAAAACUGGAGCAGAAACUCAAGUGGGCCUUCAGCAUGUACGACCUGGAUGGAAACGGAUACAUCAGCCGUGAGGAGAUGCUGGAGAUUGUACAGGCCAUUUAUAAGAUGGUGUCCUCGGUGAUGAAGAUGCCAGAGGAUGAGUCCACGCCGGAGAAGAGAACGGAUAAGAUCUUCAGACAAAUGGACCUCAAUAAUGACGGAAAGCUCUCCCUGGAGGAGUUCAUCAAAGGUGCCAAAAGCGACCCCUCCAUCGUGCGGCUACUGCAGUGCGACCCCAGCUCUGCCUCCCAGUUCUGA